AUCCAUAAUAAAUGUUUUUAAACUAGUUUAUAUUUGCUUUGAGGGUUUACCUAUUAAGCAGGAGACGACUUAAAAUGGCAUCCCUGUUCGCUUGUCUAAAAACAGGAAGUAGGCUAAGGGGCACAGUUGUUGGUAAAGCUAAAGUUCUGCUGCUGAUGGUCCAUUGGUCCAGCUGAUUGUGGCCGCUCUCAAACAAUACUAGCUAUAAUGAGCGAGGAGCUAGGUGUCCGUUUCGACCCAAGAGAGCACCAGCACCUGCGUUACAACCCACUGCGAGACAGCUGGGUCCUGGUGUCGGCCCACCGCAUGAAGAGACCCUGGGCUGGUCAGGUGGAAAAACCUCCUGAGGAGCACAUACCUAGAUAUGAUCCUCGCAACCCUCUCUGUCCUGGGAACACGAGAGCCAAUGGAGAGGUUAAUCCAAACUAUGAUAGUACUUUUGUGUUUGGUAACGACUUUCCUGCUCUUGAGCCAGAUGCUCCAGAUCCUAGUUUGGAUCAGCAUCCAUUAUUUCAGUCAAAACCUGCCAGGGGUGUCUGCAAGGUCAUGUGUUUUCAUCCCUGGUCUGAUGUCACCCUCCCUCUCAUGAAAAGACAGGAGGUUGUCAAGGUGAUUGACAAGUGGGCGGAGCUCGUAGAGGAACUCGGUGCCACAUACCCAUGGGUUCAGAUCUUUGAGAAUAAGGGAGAAAUGAUGGGUUGUUCAAACCCACAUCCUCAUUGUCAGGUGUGGGCCAGCAACUUCCUGCCCAAUGAACCGGCUUUGUCAGACCGCUGCCAGAGAGCGUACUACCAGAAGCACGGAGAGCCGUUGCUGCUGCAGUACGCUAAACAAGAAGCAGAGAAAAAGGAACGCAUUGUGGUGGAAAGUCAGGACUGGUUGGUGGUGGUUCCUUACUGGGCAACGUGGCCCUACCAGACGUUGCUUUUACCACGACGACAUGUCCUCAGAAUUAAUGAACUCACAACAAAGGAGAGGGAAGGUCUGGCAGAUAUUAUGAAGCGACUGUUAACCAAGUAUGACAAUCUCUUUGAAGUCUCCUUUCCUUACUCAAUGGGCUGGCACGGGGCCCCAACUGGUACUUAUUCAAAAGAAGACAACUCCCACUGGCAGCUUCAUGCUCAUUACUACCCUCCUCUGCUGCGUUCAGCCACAGUUAAAAAGUUCAUGGUGGGGUACGAGAUGCUCGCCCAGGAGCAAAGGGAUCUCACCCCAGAGCAGGCUGCCAAGAAGCUAAGAAAUCUUCCGGAGGAGCACUACAAAACAAGGGAGAACAGUGAAAAAGAAGAACCGAACAAGUCAAAAUGAAACAAACUUCUUAAUGAAGAGAAGGGUUGUGUUUAAAGGCGUACAAAUCUGCAAAACUGACCAAAUUUAAUCAGCGUUUAGAAAUAGUAUAUCUUUUAAAACACAUACACAUGCUCAUCUAUCUUUUUAAUGAACCAUGCAUUUUUGUGUGUUUUUAGUACUGUAACAUGAACAUUAUACGGUAUGUGCCUUUUUUCUGGUGAGUUUUCGGCUGCUUUGUACUAAAGUAGUUUAUAUUUGUUAAGGCUUUUGUAUACAGAAAACUGGCACCAGACUUUUCAAAGUGAUUAUGAACUGGAAAUAAAAUGGUUUCGAUAAAUGA